AUGGAGUUGAUCGAGACUGAAAGUGCUCGGCAUGUUACGUUCUCCAAGCGCCGAUCUGGCCUCUUCAAGAAGGCCAGUGAACUCUGCACCAUGUGUGCCGUUGAAGUUGCCAUUAUCAUCUUCUCCAUUGGAGGGAAGGCAUUUUCAUUUGGCCACCCUAAUGUCCACUCUGUGUUUAACAGGCUUCGUUUUUCUGAGAACCCAGAUGCCAGCACCAGCUCUAAUGACGCUGCAGGACAAGAUCCAAUUCUGCAUGAUCUUAACAAAACCCACUCUGAUCUUAUUGAAGAUGUGGGGCUUGUGAAGAAACUAGGGAAGAAGAUGAGGAGGGCAAUAAUGGAGAAACCGAAGCCUGACUGGUUUUAUGCACCAAGGGAGAGCCUUAGCAUGGAGGUUCUAUACGAGAUGAAGAAGGCUCUAGAAGACGUACAAGAGAAUGUGCGUAGAGACAAGGAAAGGCUUCUAGCGCAGGCUUAA